GUCAAAUAUGGUUUUAAUUUUAAGCAGGAGUUUUGGUGUUAAACUCUUGAAAUAUAAGACGAAUUUCACGCAAACUCGUCUUAACUCGACCGGAAAAUUAUGGUUCGGGAGUAAAAAAGUGUUUUACAGAACCUUAGGUUUAUUAGCCACAGGUACGGGCAUCGUUAUUUAUACUUUAGACCAAGCAGUGAAGGCAGGAGAAAUGGAACUUCAUCCUCCCAGAUUUCCUUGGGCCUACAAAGGCAUAAUUACAGCACUAGACCAUGCGAGUUUACGACGUGGUUACGAAGUCUACCGGCAAGUUUGCGCCUCCUGCCAUUCGCUUAAACACGUAACCUUUCGAGAACUGGUUGGAGUUACGCACACUGAAGCAGAGGCGAAAGCCGAAGCUGAGCAGCAAAUGGUCGAAGACGGGCCCAAUGAAGAAGGCAAUAUGUUCCAGCGUCCUGGGAAAUUAUCCGAUAAAUUUCCGCCUCCAUAUCCCAACGAAGAAGCUGCUCGUUUCGCCAACGGUGGAUCCUACCCACUCGACUUAACUUACAUAAUAUUAGCCAGAGAAGGUGGCGAUAAUUACAUUUUCUCGCUAUUGACUGGCUACUGUGAACCACCUGCAGGUGUAACAUUAAAAGAAGGAUUGUACUAUAAUCCUUAUUUUCUUGGAGGUUCUAUAGCUAUGGCCCCACCGCUAUUUUCAGAAUCUGCUACAUAUUCUGAUGGUACUCAAGCUCAUGCCAGUCAACUGGCCAAGGAUGUCGUUACUUUUCUCAAAUGGGCUGGAGAGCCGGAAUUUGACGAUAGGAAAGUGAUGAUGGUCAAAUGCUUAGGUUGGUUUAUAGUCGGUUCAGUAAUAUCGUGGUAUUGGUACAAAAUGAGGUUUAUGUCUAACAAAACGCGUAAAUUUGUUUAUACGGGGAAAUCAAGCACCAAGAAGCCAGAGUGUUCUGAUAAGUGCGAGUAAGCAAAUCAA